AUGGGAGAUGGUGGCUCUGAAAUCUGCCCUAGUGAAUUAUAAGAAGAGACACUUUUGAUGGUGUUUUGGUGACUCUUGCUUCUCAUGGCACCUUCAUCUCACCCUGCCAGCAUCUGGCAAGGUUGAAAUUCAGCAGUGGGGGAGGCACACCUGAGAUAAGGGACAGGCGUGACAGUGGGUGGUUCUGGCUUCUUCCUGGUUGGAAAUCUCAUGCUGCAGAUGGGAAUCCCGUACUGGGAGGUGGCUGUGGGGGCAAGUGGGAACUGUGUGGAUGUGUGGUAAGGAGGCAAUCGGGAACUGCCUGGAUGAGGGGUCAAGUUGCCCAUUCCCUGCUGUGUGUGUCUUUAAAGAUAAUGAUUCUAUAACGCAACCUCAUGUAGCUGCUUGCUUUGCUGAUGCAGGCACCAGCCUAUCUGCAGCAGUGGGUGUAUGGGGGGGGACUGCCCCACUGCCAGUCUGGGGGGGCUGCUGUGGCUGUGCUGGGGAAGGGCUGUGGAUGGAGUUGCUGCAGGGAGCUGAGGCUUGUGUACUGCUCGGGGCUGGCAUUUUCGGGGCUGGGAGGUGAGCCAAUAUGGUGUGAAAUGUUUCCACAGCUCAGGUGAACGCGUGUUGCUGUGUCCUGGGGCAGCCCAAGCAGCUCUGUGACCCCAUUGGAUGUUGCCUGUUCCAUGGUGGCUCAUUCCCACAGUUCUUUUUGGAGGAUAUAAUCCGCCUCCAGGACUGUGCCGUGGCCUGUCGCAGGCGGUGGCUGGGUCCCUGCAUGUUCAGUGGGGCAGGGCUGCUGCCCUUCAGGCUGUGACUCAUUCUCAAGGUUCAUCCUGCUCCUCCGCCUGCUCUGCCAGUGUCUCUCCUGCCUCCCCACCACCCAUCAGGACCCUCACUGCUGCCACCGUCCUCAUCACAGGCGAAGCCGCUCUGGGAGCCUGAGCUGCCCCUGUGCCCUGCCUGCUGCCCUGCAUGGACAGCCGGGUGCAGGAUGGGGCUGAGGCAUCGCUGGAGGGAUGCCCAAAGGCUGAGGAGUUGGAGAAGCAGCGCCCGGUGGCACAGUGGACGGUGGCAGAGGCGGGCGCCUGGCUGGCUGCGCGCAGUGGGGCUGGGGAGCUGGUGGAGCUGGCAAAUGAGCACGACGUCUCGGGCCGGGUCCUGCUGCGGCUGACGGAGGGGACCCUGCGGCGCAUGGGGGUGACCCCGCGGAGCCGGCGCCGGGAGCUGCUGCGGGAGCUGCUGCAGCUGCGGCUGCAGCAGGAGCUGGAGGAGCUGCUGAGCAUCGUUGGCCAGUGAAGACGAUGUCCCUCUGGAUGUCCUGGAGACUGCAGGAGGAGAGACAAUGCUGUGGGAGGACACAGCAGCAGCUGGGACUGAGCACCUGAUGCAGGAGUGAUGCUAGAGGGAGCCUUGAGGUGACUGUGUCCCCCCUGGAGAAGCCCAAAGCUGGCUGAUGAUGCUGGGAGAGGUGGCCACCGGGCCCUGGGUGGCACAAGUUGAAGGGUGGCUGCUGGCUCCCAUGGGGUCCUAUCGGCUCUGGCAUGCUGCAAGCAGCCCUACCUGCCCCCCACGAUGCUGCUUCAACCACGAGGCAGCCCGGCCCCAGGAGUGACCCUCCAGUCAGUCUGUCUGUCCGUGGCGUAGCGGGGCAAGUUCACAAGUUGCUGUGUAGGGGCAACCUGUCUCCUUGGUGCCCCGGGGCUGGCAGGAGCAGGGCAGCAGAGCCCAGCGCAGAGCUGGUCCCAAUAAACACUAUCCUGGUAAGCA